AAAUGGAUUAAUAAAUUAAUUAAUAGCCUAUCAGUGAUGUAUGUAGGAGCAGCUGCAAUCCAGUCCAGCAUAGUCCGUGUCUGUGUUUGCGCAUGUCUGUUUGUGUCCUCCUAUAAAAACCAUCUGACAGACAGAGGGGAGCAGAAAAGGGAGGAACCGCUCAAAUACAAUGAUCUCUGAAGCUGGGAGCGACAGUCUGAAGGCCGAACACUUCCAACCAGAACCGAGCUUCUUCCCGGACUCCCCCGCCUCCUCCUCCUCCUCCUCCUCCUCCUCCUCCUCCGCCGCCUCCUCCCCAGACUCCGGGCCUCUGAACCGCAGGGAGCCGCAGAGCAGCAGCGGCAGCAUCGUCCCGGAGGAGAGCGGCAGCAUCCAGCCGCUGGUGGCCGCCGCCCGCGUCAUGACGUCGGGAGAAUUUAACCAGAGCGGCCCGCUGCUCGCGCACAGAUCCACGCGCAGCCUCAUGUACAAGACUCUGUGCUUCCUGCUGCUCGUCUUCCAGGGCGGGGUCCUGGACUUCUACCUCAUCAUCUUCACGGACCUGUACUGGUGCUCCUGGAUCGCCACGGACCUAGUGGUGGUCUCGGGCUGGGGUAUCUUCUUCAUGAAGAACGCGCGCAGUAAACGGGAGCGCGCCUGCGGCUUCCACCAGAAGAGCUCCAUCUUCGGCUGCAACCUGGGUGAGUUCACCUAUGCCUACCUGGCCUGGCUCAUCUACGUAAUCGCGUGCACCCCGAAGGUGGUGCUGGUCCUGGAGACGUCAAUCCUGGAGCUGAUCGCGCUGAAGGUGCCGUGCGGGCUGACCGGCUUCAAGGUGAUCAUGCUGCUGUCCGCGCCGCUCCUCUUCUGCCUCAUCAACUCCAUCAUCGAGGACCUGAACGGAGCCACGCGCCACCACGCCCACAGCUGCUUCCUCAGCACGUGCCUGGACCUGCUGGACUGCUUUACGCUGCUGGAGCUGAUGCUCCGCGGGGAGAUCCCCACGGUGUACCUGAAGUACACGGUGCUGUCGGUGUACUUCGUGGCGCUGGCGGUGCCAGUGGUCUGGCUCUACGAGCUCACCGCCUCCGAGCUGCGCUGCCGCUGGCUGUGCGCGCGCUUCCUCACCUGUCUUCUGGUCAACGCCCCCUUGCUGGUGGUGCGCUGCUUCCAGGUGUACGUGUACAAACUUCCGGUGUCCGUUUUCAUGUUCAAGAACAUCUUCCUCCUCGCCUGCGGGCUGCUCGAGCUCGUGGAGCAGUGCGUGGCAGUGCGGGGUGGGCGCAAGCACGCGGGUAGCAGCAACACGGCGCAGUUCUCGCACUGCGUGUCCGAGAACGACAUGUGUCCGCACGGGUAUGUCAACACGCUGGCCGUCACCCAGUCCUAGAUCCUGGACCGGGUUUAGGACGAGGGAGUGGACCAGUGUGCGGCCUUCAGACUAAACUGGGAACUAUUAAAUCCUGCAGAGAGUUCUGGAUCCCAAUCCGAACCUCUGACUUUGGAUGAAACUCAACAAACCUUCAUGUCAAAUUCUCUUCUCCAACACUGAAAUCUCCUCCUAACAGGUUCACCCUCCAGGGUCCAGCUGACAAAACACAUCAUCUCAGUCAGGUGAGAUUUUAGCCUCCAGCUCAGAACAGCAGCAGCCACCAGGGGCCGACAGUGAGCUGUGGCCCCCUGAUGACACCCCCCCCCCCCUCCUACAUUUGAGCUUCCACUCACUCUUUUUAUCUUUAAAGAUCAAUUGGCUGAUUAUUGUCAAGAUUGAACACUU